CGUCGUCGAAACGUACUUCCGCGUCCUCGCCCCGCACACGGUCGAACGUAUACGUCACGCGGCGCGUCCGAGAAGAGUAAAAUAGGCCCGAAGCCGGACGGAGCUCGCGAGUCCUGCGCACUUUUCGCCGCGCGUUGAACGGCGACACGGUUACGGGGAACUCUGCACCAGCCGGAAGGACAAGACGGAGACCGCGGAGACCGCUCAAAAGCAACCGGUCCAUUCGUAUGAUAGUAGUGAUCGGUGACCGACAACGGCAUCGACAACGGCGCAACAGCGACAUCGGCUGCAGCGUGACACCGCACGCGUACAGUCGCGCCGUACAUUACAGCGGUCCAUGAAGCUGGCGCGUUCGUCGAGCAGUAGCGCCUCGCCGUCACCGCAGGGUCCGGGCAGUGUCGCGUCCAUGUCGCCCACCGUUGGCACUAGCGUGCGGUGGUCGCACCGGAACAGUGCGUUUUGUCCGGUCCGGUCGGCCGCUGCGGCCGCGGCCGCGGCCGACACGCCGGCUGCCGAGAUGCCGUUUCCCGCCAUGGCCACGGCUGGACAGCUGCAAAUGCCGUACGGGUUCAUGUCGCCUUACCUGUGGCCGCUCAUGUUGCCCUACUCUCCGUUGGCCGCCGCCGCUAGUUGCGCGGCCGCGGCCAACGGUGCAGGUGGACACGCGCUCGGCGGUGGCCACCAUACCAACCAUGCCACUAACCAACAACAUCACCAUCUGCAGCAGCAGCAACAGCAACAGCAUCAGCAGCAGCAGCAGCAACAUUUACAACAGCAACGGUUGCACCAACAGUUCUCUCCUGACCGGGCCGGCGUGGACACGGCCUCGGGGCAGGGAGUCUAUAUGGUGCGCCGUUCGAACGAUUUCCGUACGUUAGAAUUGUCCGUGCGGACGUGUAAUAUUAUACAGCGGCACACGGAAAACAUGAAUUUUCCUCAUACGGCCUACGAAACGGACCCGAAAACGCCCGAAAAAGCAAAGUCCGAUGAAGUUUCUGAAUCGCCGUUGAACUUGUGCAUCAAAAAACGAAGUCAAGAAAUUUGGUCACCGGGAAGUUUGUGCGAAAAAGAAAAGUCACCCGUGUCGCCCAUAGUUCCGAAAACCUUUUCCGACAAUGUGUUGGGAGUAGAAAGGUCUUUUCAGUGCAACCUGUGCGGGAAAACUUUCAAGAGGUCUUCCACUCUGUCUACGCAUCUACUGAUCCACUCGGACACGAGACCGUACCCGUGCCAGUUUUGUGGCAAACGAUUUCACCAAAAAUCCGACAUGAAGAAGCACACGUACAUCCAUACCGGUGAGAAACCGCACAAAUGCGUGGUGUGUUGCAAGGCGUUCAGCCAAUCGUCCAAUCUGAUCACGCACCUGCGCAAGCACUCGGGCUACAAACCGUUCCCGUGCGGCCUGUGCGACAAAGCGUUCCAGCGCAAGGUGGACCUGCGCCGGCAUCGUGAGAGCCAGCACCCCGGGUCGCCGGCCCAACAGUGUCACAUCACCAGCACCACGGCCCCGGUACCCGAACAAUGCGCGGCCACCGCGACAGCCCCGGGCAACGGUGGCCCUAGCAGCUAGUGGCCGCCAGAGGACGGCGCGAUCACAACCCGUUAUCGCCGCGAGCGUAAUCGUCAUCGCCGUCACCGCAGCGGCAAACUUUCACGGCGGCCGCCACCUCAACCGAAACGUAACCGCAUCACGUAUACGUCGUCAAAUAAUAUAACAAUAGCAAUUACUAUCACGGGGUUAUUCGCGUCGCUGUCGAAUAUCUUUCUUCCAACCGUACCGAUUGUGUUAGCCAAUCGACGCGAGUUGUAUUUCAUAUGUAGUUAUUCGAUAGACGUGCGCUCGCGUACGCAUUACGGCGUAUACCGCACGAUUGGUUCUCGGGAAAUCCGAGACUUUGAACUUUUCAAAAGUCUGACGAGCCCCGCCCUGGAGGGAUCCCGUACCCGACUAGCGCAAGAGGCGCACGAUGCGUUGAGAAAACGAAAUGAGAAAAACUCAUCAGCAUCAUCAAAUGAUACACAACCCGUUGCAGUGUUUUUUUUUUUUUUGUAAUAUGACCUCUCUCCCCUUAGUUCGAUGUAUAAUAUUUAUAUAAUAUAUAAGAUACGAGUUGAAUAACUUUUCACAAUCAAAAUCGUUAAAACAGUAUGGAACUUGUAUUCUUCUUUACUACGAUAUACUUAAUUUGAUGUAUGCUAAUAUUUAACGCCUCCCCUUCAAUGUACUUAAAGCCGAUAGUUUGAGAAGUACUGACCUAUCAUACAUUUAGUCACCGCGGUCGAAACUCGCCGUAGACUGCUGUUACGACGGUUUUCACUAUUCUGAUUUUAUUACAAUAAUAAUUAUUAUAAUCAUUGGAAGUCGAAAUAAAAUUCGAGAUUUUUCUUCGCGAUUCUUACAUUGAAUAGUGCUGUAAUGGUAUUACUCGUGAACCACGUUAAGCGACCUGGUUAGGAAUAUUACAUAAUACAAGUAUUCGCGGAUAAGGAUGAAAAUCAUAGCCAACAUUGUUCCCGCUAUUUUUCUCGUUACUUUCGGAAACAUACAUACAUACUGCGUCUCGAUAUCAACAAAUGCAGUUUUAUAGAUUUAUUGUUUUGAUUCACCUGUACAACGAAUAAUCGCUUAGUAUUUCUAACUAUUCAACUAACGUUUAUUCCAAACUAUAGUUUGAAAUCAUAACUAUUUAUAUAUACCAUUGAUUUUUUUCUCAUCGCAAGAAAAGAUGUCGAUAAAUUGGUCAUAGGCAUAGAUACUUUUAAAAUCCAUUCGCUAAAACGACGAUAGUAAAACCUAUGUUGUUUACCUAUUGCAUCGAUACCCUUCGUUUUUUCUUACGGAAAGUACUAUACUAAUGUAUUAUACUAACGUCUUUAGAACUAUUUCAGCAAUAUAAAUAAUAAAUAAACGAUCGGUACGUGAUUAAAAUCAACACGAUACUGCUAUUUUGCCAUCAAUAGCUAUUGAUUAUUUUAAACGCAAUCAGGAAUUCCUGUCGUUCAAAGGCGUGUUCUUUUAUAAUAUACUUUUAUUGCCUAAAUAACCUUAACACUGCAAUGGUGCGCAAAGAGCCAUCGGCCGUUAUCGGUGGCAUCAAUAGGCACCGUAAUAAUUUUAGUACGUGCAGACUCGACGUUAAAUCUAUUAUUGUGGUUCGCGCUGACAAGCGCGUACACGAUGUAAAUCGUAACGGGAAAUCUCGUUUUUUCGUUUGGGACGAUACGUUCGUCGCCUUACCAAUAUAGUUAUUAAUAAUAAUGUUCAAAACUUUAUCGAGCUGUUAUUAGCGGCGGUUAAAAGUGCAUGUAAUUUUGUUGAGUAUAUGUGUGUGUGUGUGUGUGCACGAGUGUACGAACAACAUCGCGAUGUACAACAACUACCGAAUGGAUUAUUAGCGAGAAAAGUGUAUUACUACUCGCGUGUAGCGUCUAGUCCCGUAUGUUUUGCUUACCAAAUGAUUUUAAUGUAAAUAUACCAAUAUACGUAUAAGAUUUGUGCGCAAUAUAUCCUCGUAGGUAUAAUUAUAUAACACUACAUAAAAUCCGAUUUCGGCCUAUAAUUUUAUAUCAUAAAUGUGUUUUAUGUAGAAAAAAAAAAAAAUACGGAAAAAUUAUAAUUUAAUAUUUAAGCGUUUGUAUUGUCUAUCUAUUAUUAUUAAUUAUUAUUAUAUUGUACACCGUAAAUCCGUUGACGAGUAAACAAUUCGCGUUCAUUAAUAAUUAGUAGGUCGUGUGCGUUGUCCGCAGACGUGUGUGGUACGUGUGCAACAGCAGGCAACUCGUAAUAAUGAAAAUUCGUAACGUCUACUCGCGGCCGACGUCUUGUACGAGUGUUAUCUUUGCUCCGCGUACAUAACAUUAUGACGCGCAUUGCACCCGGAACGAUUAAUGAAACAAAGAAAAUGUUUUAUAUCGCGUGUAAUAAUAUUAUAAUAUAAUACAUAUAUUAUAAUAUCAUGCCGCACAUUACGGGUGGCUUUUUAUGUACGCAAUUCGUUUUGCACCUGUCCCUUUGACCGAGGAUUUUAAUUGUCCAACCGGGCUGUCGCUGUUGUCGAUAUAUCCGUUAGUGAGUGUAUGCACACGUAUUGACGUACAAGAAAACAUUUAACAAGUGCACACACAACGUGUUGCUAGUUCACUCAUGUACACGUAUGAUUUGUUUCGUUCGUAUUCCGAGAGAGAGAGAGAGAGAGAGAGAGAGAGAGAGAGAAACGAAUAUAACGACCAUCGAACGGCGUUGCCUCGAAUGCGCAUUAAUGUCCCGUUGAAAUAACAUAGAAGUAACGUUUGCACACGCCUUCGGACAAUUGCACAACCGGAAAUACAAUUUCUAAAAUGUUACCAUAUUUAUUGUUAAUAAUACCUAUAUAUUUAUUUACAUACAUAUUAUGUUUUUCGCAAAGCAAUAGGCUACGUUAGCUUUACGAUUAUUACAAUAAUUGUAUGAAUAAAACGUUUUUGAGGACGGGAUAAAAUAUAUAAUAUUUCUAAUAAUAAUAGUA